GUUUAAUUGGUAGGUUGCGACUGCGGCUGCGUUCCCUUUGAAGGCGUAAACCCUACCAUUAAAAAAUAUUUGUCCUAGAAAAAAUAACCGUCUGCUACACCGUGUCUGCUCCUGUUUGUUUUCAAGCAACACUACGUUGAAGAGAUUUGCACUAUGGACAAAAACGUGGUGUUGACUCAUAUCCUGAAGCCAAAGGGUAUGUCUACACUCCUUGGUGGAGAAGUGCCAUUAAGUGUUAUAAGUCACGAUAGAUAUAUAUCCCCACGGACCUCUGGUGCUCAGGCAGAGGAAGAAAGUGAGGAAGACAACUCAUGCCCUCUUAACAGUGCCAUCCUGACUGCUCUGUCUGGUGAAAUCAAAACUGUGCUAGUGGUAGGUCCUGAAGGAUCAGGUAAAACCACCACUAUGCAGAAGCUUGUAUUAGACUGGGCGAAAGGACAACAUCUCCAACACUAUUCUGCUGUUUUCCACUUCCGAUUCAGAGAGUUGAAUGACACUGACCAACUGCUGUCCUUGGAGACAUUUUUGUUGCACCAUCAUGGUCUCAUCAAGCAUGAGUCAUUUUCCACAGUCCUGCAGAAUCCUCAGGAUGUGUUGUUUGUUUUUGAUGAUCUGGAUUAUUUCAAACAGAGCCUGGACCCCUCCACCCAAACCUUAUGCUCUAACCCUUCCCAGGAGGUCUCACUGUCCUGCUUGGUGGCUAGCUUGCUUCAUGGAUCCUUGUUGAAAGGAGCUGCCUUUGUGGUGGCUACAAGAGCAACAGAACAUCUUGAGUUUUUGGGUGGUACUCGAGUGGAUGUGUUGGGGUUUCUGAAGCCACAACGAGAGGCCUACAUUAAAGGGUUCUUCCCUGACUCGGGUGCUGCCAACAAAGCUCUGCAGCACAUGGAGACAACACUAGGCUUUUAUGAUAUUGCUACCACUCCAAAAUUUUGUUGGAUGGUUUGUUCCAUGUACAAAUCUCUGAUGGAUGCUGCCACAAAACUUCCAGACACCAUAUCUCAGCUGUAUGCAGACAUCCUAGUUCAUCUGAUUCAGAUCCUGUCUCUGAGUGAGGAACGCAACAGAGAACUUGUUUUGGCCCUCGGCAAGAUGGCAUCACACUGCUCCCUCAACCAACAUAUGAGAUGCAACAAAGAGGAAAUGAAUACCUUUGGUUUACAGCAGUUUCUUACCGCAGUUGGUGUUUUUUUGCAAGUAGACAGCGAGUCUUCAAGCAGACCUGUCUUCUCGUUCCGCUCCCAGCUGAUGCAACAGUUCUUCUUGGCCAUGUCUUUCUUUUUGGACAAGUCAACAUCUGAGGGUGUGGAAGAGAUGUUAGAAAAGCACAAAGGCUCUAACUUUCUAGGUAUGUUCUUGUCAGCGCUGUCAGAGCCAACUCAGCGCAGAUCUCUGGAGUCCCUGCUCGGCAAAUUUAACUCAGAUCAGAUCCUGAGUUUCAAAAACUGGUUCAAAAGCAGCUCAGAGGUGACAUUUCAGGGAUGGCACACAGACGAGCACUACCGUUGCUUCCAUCUGCUGCAUCAGGCUCAAAGUGACAGUUUGGUGAAAGAUAUCAUCAGUCCCUCAGCACGCAUUGGUAUCAGCUAUGGAGACCUAAGCCUUCAGGACUGUGUGGCACUGAACUAUGUCAUUACAAGCCUUGGUGAGAUGGAGGGGCUCAAUCUAUAUAGAACAAAAAAUUUGACGGAGGAGAAAGCAGAGAGGCUUGUUCCAACUAUGAGGCUGUCACGGGAGCUAGUCCUUUCAGACUGCACCUUGAGCCCUGGAGCUGCGCGUCAUGUGGCUUCAGCUCUCAGCACAGGACGCGCCACAGUGCUAAAUCUCAAUCACAGCCGCCUUGGGGAUGAAAAGAUGAAAAUCCUCUGUGCUGGUCUCAAAGACUGCAAGCUGCGCAGUUUAGAUCUUUCAAUAUGCGAACUGACAAAGUCAAGCUGUGAAGCUCUGGUGUCGGCACUGACCUCAGGUACCUCUCAGCUGUGUGUGCUAGACCUCAGGAGUAAUGAGAUUGAGGAUCAGGGCUUAAUGAAACUGUGCAAAGCCCUGCAGAGUCCUCACUGCAAACUGCAGGAGCUCCAAUUACAGCGCAACAAGAUAACUGCUGCAUCCAUGGAAGCUUUAUCAGCAGCUUUGUGUUCUGGCCAAUCAGCGCUGAGAAAGGUGAACUUGACACACAACACAGUCGGUGACGGCGGGGUAGAGGCUUUGUGUAAAUCCCUGAAACAUCCACUUUGUAAACUUCAGAGCCUCAACUUCUUUGACAGCGAGCUCACUGGUGCAUGCUGCUCUCAUCUGAUGGAGGCGUUGAUGUCAGAGCACUGCUCUCUGUCUGAGCUGGACCUGUCAGUGAAUGAAUUGGGCCAGGAGGGGGCGCUGCUGCUCUGCAAAGCCCUGAGUAAACCUGGGUGUCCUCUGGAAAAACUGGGCUUGACACGGUGCGAGUUAACUGAGGCAGUCUUCAUAGAACUGGCAUCAGUGCUGAAGAGUGGGACUUCUAAACUUAAGUCACUGUCUGUGGGUCUACAUAAUGUAGGAGACCAAGGAGUUAAACAUCUUUGGGUUGCUGUUGCACAUCCAAAUUGUCUGUUGGAGGAUCUUGAUGUUGAAAUGACAGGUCUAACAGAUGCCUGUGUAGACGACUUGUGUGCUGCUGUGAGAACCAGUCGGACUUUAAAGAGCCUGGAGCUGAGAAACAACUUACUGACUGAUGCAUCUGUGCCAGCCCUCGUCGAAGUCAUGCAGGACUGCCCAAACAUGCUGGAGAUGAACUUGAAAUACAAUGACUUCAGUGAAGAUGUUUUCGACAUGUUAGAGGAGUGUAAUAGAAUAAGAUACUGAAGAAACCCGACAAUGAUCACAAACGGUACUGUAGGGCUACAGAUAGUAAGCCAAGUAUCACAUUUCGACUAACAAAAAUAGCACUUUCCAAGCCAAAAUGAACCUGAUUUCAGGUUCUCAAGCAAUAAAGUGUAAUACUUUUCUUCGUGCUAUAAAAGGUAACACUUUCUGCAUAAUUAAAAAGCCAUUUGACAAAUUUCACUUUAAGAAAUUGGGAAUGUAGCAUAUUUGCUUUAAAUCUAUGAUUCUAAACUAAGCAAAUAGUUCAUGUAACAAAGACCUAGGUAUUUGCAUGCCUUUUGCUUGACUUGAUUCUCUCCAACUUGCUCAAGAAAUGAUGGUUUGAUAUUAUGGCUGAUUAUUUCUGUGCUUAAAAGCUUUUCUUCAACAAUGGCUUUCUCUUUGCCACUCUCUCAUAAACUUUGACAGGUAAAGAAUCUGAGCAACAGUUGUUGUAUGCAGUCUCUCCCAUCUCAGCUGCUGAAGCUUUUCACUCCUUCAGAGUACUCAUGGGUGUCUUGCUAGCCUCUCUCACUAGUCUAACUGAACUCUGAGAGAUGGUCAGUGCCUUGGAAUUAUUUAUGUAUCCAUCUCCUGAGAUAUACUUUACAAUAACCUUUUUCUAAGUUGCUUGGAGUGUUCUUUUUUCUUCUUGGUGGAAUGGUAGCCAGGAAUACUGAUAAACCAGUGACUCGACCUUCCAGACACAGGUGUCUUUAUACCAGUGGUUUUCACGCUUUAUUUUUCCAACGCCCACCUAAGAUCAAGCCAAAAUUUGGAGGCACACCAUGUUCAUAUCUAUGCAAAAUAGCCUCUUUAACUUGUGUUUAAGUAUUUUAAGUAUUUUUUUAUAGUUGUAAUAAUAAGGUAAUUGUACGAAUUUCCACAGCAAACCUAAACUUGCUUUAAAAGCUUAUCAUGUGCCUUGCCACGCCAUUUGAGAACCACUGAUUUAUACUACACUCAAAAGAGACACAUUCAGUGCUCUCAGGUGGUCCCAAUUUCACUGAUUGUGAGACUAGUCCCGUCAAUUGGCUAGACCUCUGUUAAAUUAGGUCAGUCACUUUAAAGGGGGUGAAUAUUAAUGCAGUCACUUACCUUACAUAUUUUUAUUUAAUUGACAUGAAUUAGUAGAAAUAUGUUUUCAGUUUGGCAUUUAAGAAGUUUUUUUUUGUCAAAAAAGCAAAAUUAUGUUGAGCAUGAUUAUUAAAAUCAGUAUAAGGAUAAGACAUCCAAGGGGGUGAAUACUUUAUACAGGCACCCUAGUUAAGACUUGAAAAUGUGAAAGAUAUCUUGGUGUUAUUCUUGAAAUCUGAAGAGUAAUGAAGUGAGAAGUAUGCCAAAAUGCACCUUUUUCUUUUAUAGUUUAUGCAGCUACCUUUGCAGAAUCUGCAUGUUUUAUGCAGUGUAGGUACAAGGUGUGGUCUUACAGGACACCUUGAACUUUUAUGCCACUGUUACUCAUAUCUUUGUCUUAGUUUCUGUAAAAAGAAUGAAUAUUUCAUAGAAAUGAUUCUUUUGAGACCUUUCUUUGGAAGGCAUUAUAUGAGCUUGCUUCUUGGGUUGAUUAAAACAAAUUGUGUAUUCAAUUUUGCAGUAUUUUCAAAACAGCACAAUCAUUGCUUUGUCACUCGUUUUCAUAGCUUUAUAACUAUGUUGUCAUGAAUGUAUUUAUUAGCGUUCACUUUAAAAAGCAUUUGCUUCUAUAGUUUUACUGUUUUUUGUCAUUACUCUCACUACGAGCUCAGUAGAUGUUUUUUUUUUUCAUCGUGCAGUGGAUUUUGGGUCAGAAUAGCCAAAAAAAGCAUACCUGCUCACACACAGCAAAAUGUGACCUGAUGAAGGAGGACAUGCUGAUAUUUUUGGCAUACUUCAUGUAACAAACAUGUUUUAAAACAUACUAUGUCUACUAUGUGAUAAUGAACUCAGCUUUAAAUGUCAAAAGCAACAUUAACGUACAUUUUAAAAAUAGGUCCUCUUCAGCACUAGCUUCAAAAUAUAGAACAAGUGUAUAAUUAUGACUUAGAGGAACUUGUUCAUGCGUUUAUCUUGAGAUGACGUAAUAAUUGAAGUUUACAGUUUUAGUUUGGUUUGCCGGUUUCGCACAGGUUAAUCAGGACAGAUUUGCACUGGUACUCAAAGUUGAAAAACAGAGCACAUCACCAGCUUUUACAUUAGACAUUUGCACUGGCUUUCCUAAAAUGUUUUGUUAACAAAAAACAGAAUGAGGUGAUGAAUAAACUUCCAGUAUGCAGUUCUGCCACAAAUCAUCAAACACUCUGAGACCCUUUGCUGCAGGUCUCCCCAAUAUGAGCCAAAACCAAAUAUGCAGUUUCUUUUAGGGCUGUCCAAUGAUCAAAAUUUUUAAUCACGAUUGAUCUCAGAAUUUCUGUUGUUAAUUGCACUAUUUUGAAUUUAAAUUGUUUUUUUGGUUUGUUUGGAUUUUUGCACCAUCUUGAAUGAAGGGUAAUUCACUUCUUUUAUGGAUACAGACCCACUUUUGUUUAAAAAGAAAAAAAAAGAACUCAGGGUAGAUUAAGAAAAAAAUAACUUAUUGAUUGAAAAGUAAAGUAAGGGAACAGUAGAAAGGCAAAUGUUUGUAAACACAAGGUGCACACAACUUUUUACUUUUCCACUGAGCGGGACUCUUUUAAAUUAAGGCUUUAAUUUUGUUGUUAAAGAGGAUGCAUUUUAUACUUUAGUACUAAUGUAACUUUUUCUGUCAUAUUCUUAUUCUUACUCAGUGCUUACAUUGUGGCUCAUUUUGUAGUUAAAGAGGAUGCUUUUUUAUACUUUUGCACUUCUGUAAACUUUUUAAUCAUAUUGUAAAUCCCAUUAAAAGUCUAUUU